AAUCCAUAACCCCUCAUUUUCUUUAGGGUUUCUCACUUUUUCCUCUGCCUCCAUCUCUUCCACCGACCCACUUUCGCUGCUGAUCGGCUCCAACACAGUCCCCCCCUGAUAUCAAGAGUUCUUUGGCUGUGACUUUUGUAAGCUUGUGUAAUCUCAAAUAGCAAAAUGGAAAUGGUGGCUUCAGUUGUUGGUGAAGUAGUAGUAGGAACUGGCCGGGUUCUUUGUGGCUCUAUCUAUUCUAUGAUCAAGGACACUGUCAAAUUCCAAUCAAACCUUGACACUUUGGAAAAGGAGAUGAAAGGCCUCUUGGCUGUCAAAGAUAAAGUGAAAAAUGAAACAGAAACAGCUGAGCAAGAAGGAAAAGUAGUGAGACCACCAGUUACAAAGUGGCUUGAGGAGGUUGAAAAGCUUAUGCUUAAAGUCAAUCAGAUUCAAACGGUAAAGCUUUCUCGACGGUCCUUAAAUUGCAGUAAACGGUAUAGAAUAAGCAGAGAGGUGGCAAAAAAGCUUAAAGAGAUAGAGGACCUCCUAAAAGCUGGGAGUUCACAUUCUGGUGUUGUGGCUGUGAAUCAUUCAAUGCCCAGAGCAGUGGAGCACGUUCCGGGACCAAUAAUUCAAGAUCAAACAACAGCAUCAAAGACUUUAGCCAAAACUAUGACUUUAUUAUCUGAUGAUGGAGUCCGGAGGAUCGGUAUUUGGGGAAUGGGAGGAGUAGGCAAGACUACUUUGGUAGGAAACUUGAACAAUAAGCUCAAGAGUAUUUCUUCAAUGCAGCCUUUUGGCAUCGUCAUAUGGGUUACUGUUUCCAAGAAUUUGGACGUGAAAAAGGUCCAGACACAAAUAGCUGAGAGAUUGAAUUUGGAAACAAAAAUGGGAGAAAGCCUGGAGAGAUUGGCUAAUCGACUCUAUCAAAGACUUGAGGCAGAAAAAAAAUUUCUGCUCAUUCUAGAUGAUGUCUGGGAGAAAAUUGAUUUAGACAAUUUGGGUGUCCCACAACCUGAAAAUCAUAACGGUUCUAAGAUCAUAUUAACAACUCGAUUUUUGGAUGUUUGUAGGCACAUGAUGACCGAUGUUCAAGUUAAGGUGGCUGUUUUAAAUGAUGAAGAAUCUUGGCAAUUGUUUAGUAGAAAUGCAGGGAAGGUGGCUAGUUUAGAACACAUUAGACCAUUUGCAGAAGCAAUUGUUAGAGAAUGUUGCGGAUUGCCUUUGGCCCUCGUCACCAUGGGAGCUGCUAUGAGAGAAAAGACGAAGGUCGAACUGUGGAAGCAUGCCUUAAAUGAAUUGCAAAGAUCAGUAUCUUGUCCACCACACAUUGCGGACAAGAUUUAUAAGCCAUUGAAGUGGAGUUACGACUCAUUAGAAGGUAAAAAAAUAAAAGAUUGUUUCCUAUAUUGCUCCUUGUUUCCUGAGGACUUCUCAAUUGAAAUAAGUGAACUCGCACAGUGCUGGCUGGCAGAAGGUUUGCUAGAUGAGCAAGAAAACUAUGAAAAUUCAUUCAAUAGAGUAAUUGAUUUGAUUGAAAAUCUAAAGGAUUCUUGUUUGUUGGAAGAUGGUGCCCGUGAAGACACUGUAAAGAUGCAUGACGUUGUUCGUGAUGUUGCUAUAUGGAUUGCGUCGUCGUCUGAGGAUGGAUGUAAAUCCCUUGUUCGUUCAGGGAUUGGCUUGAGAGAGAUGUUUGUUGUCGAAUUAUCUGAUAACUCUCCCAAAAGAGUUUCGUUCAUGAAUAACAAGAUAAGAAGGCUGCCAGAUUGCGUGGUACAAUGUUCAGAGGCCUCCACUUUGCUACUACAAGGUAAUUGUCUUAUUGGCAGUGUUCCUGAGAGAUUCCUGCAAGGAUUUGAAGCACUCAAGGUCCUGAAUUUGAGUGAAACUAGCAUCCGCUCAAUGCCUCUUUCUCUACUUCAACUUGGUGAACUUCGUGCUCUUCUUUUAGGGGGUUGCCACCAUCUUGAAGAAUUACCCUCACUGGAAGGGCUUAGUAGACUUCAAGUGCUUGACCUCUCUACCACUCGUAUCAAAGAAUUGCCAAGAGGGAUGAAAAACUUGAGCAACUUGAAGCAACUGAACCUAUCCUCCACUCACUCCCUACAAACCAUUCAAGCUGGAAUUAUAUCUCGGUUGUCUUGUUUAGAGGUUCUGGAUCUGACACACAGUCGUUACUAUUUCAGUGUGAAGAGAGAUGUACGAGAGGAAAUGGCAUCUUUUGAAGAGCUAAAAUGCCUUGAUCGAUUACUUGUCCUCUACAUCAGAUUGGAGAGAAUCCCAUACUUCAGCGAUGAAGAUCUUUCCUGGAUAGAUAGAUUAAGACAGUUCUACUUUUUGGUCGACAAAACGGGGGAAUUCUUACCAAUUAGACAUGAAAAAAGGGCGGUGUCCAUCAGGAGUCUUGAUCUUCUUUCGGAAGAACAGAUUGGGCCAUUGUUGAGUAAUGCAAGUUCUCUCAAGUUAAGUAAUUGUUUGGGACUAAGUGAUGCGCUAGAAGACUUGAUCAUUAACAGUGUUGGCUGCUUUGCUGGUUUAAAAUCUCUUACUAUUGAGAGCUAUAGCGGCAGUGUAUGGCAAGGAGGUUGUGCUGCCCAGUAUGAUGUACUACCAAACUUAGAGGAACUUUAUCUCCGAGACCUGAAUUAUGGAGAAAGCGUUUUAGAACUGCUUGGCCAUCUUGGGCCGAGAUUUCUUAGACUAAAAUCAAUACAAGUGGAGUGGUGUUCUAAAAUGAAAUAUCUUCUUUCCUGUGGUGGCUUCAUUCACGCCCUCCCAAACCUAGAAGUAAUCAAGGUAAGGUACUGUCGCAGAUUAGAUGAGCUCUUUACUUAUUAUUCCAUGCAAAAUAUCACUCAAGAUCCUGUUGUUCCAAACUUACGAAUAUUGGAAUUGGAGUGCCUUCCCAAAUUAAGGACUCUUUGCCGAGAUCAAGAGACAUGGCUGCUGAUAGAGCAGGUUCAUGUGUCCAAGUGCGAUCUUCUUAGGAAGCUGCCUCUUACUGACCAAAAUACAGAAAACAUAAAAGAAAUAAGAGGAGAAUCAGGAUGGUGGAAUGCAUUGCGGUGGCGUGAUGACACAACCAAAUCAAGGCUGCAGCCUUGUUUUCGUCCAAUCUGAGGCAUUUUAGAACCUGGGCAACAGGGAGUGAAUGAGAGUUCUAUGUGAUUAAGGUGUUCAAUAUUGUCUUUUACCUAGUUUUAUGAGUGUUUGUACAAUAAUUUAUUGUUUGGCUUGUUUGCGAGAAUUGUUGUAUGAGAAAUGCUUUGCAUCUUAACACUUUUUCUAGAAUUUGGUUACAACCUGAUGUGUCACAAUCCUAUGAGAUUGUGGCAUAUUUUCCAAAAUGAUAAAUCUCAUGAAAUUGUGACACAUCAGGUUGGAACCAAAAUCUGAAAGAAAAAAAAAAAUGUUUAAAUGUCUAGCAUUCCUCUUGUUGUAUAUGUAAGCUUGUCUAUUUGCAUUAUUUGUGUACAAGUGCUUAUUAUAUUAAGCAUAUACUUGAGAGCAACAGCUUGAUGGAGAACCUUUGCAGAAUAAAGAUAGAGGAUUUGUUGAGGCUGUCAC